AAUUGCCCCGCCGGAGCCGGAACGAUAGUGAGGGAGGCAAGCGCCGACCGGCGCCUUCAGAUCAGAAGCAGCUGCGCCUUUAAUUAACAUGGCGGCUCACGUGGGAGAAGUUACGCAGCGUUUGUCACUCAGUGGGAAGGUGGCUCUGAUCACCGGUGCAAGUUCAGGAAUUGGAGCUGGGACAGCCAUCCUGUUCGCCAGGCUAGGAGCCAAACUGGCACUGAACGGACGGAACAUGGAAAACCUGAAUAAAGUGUGCAAAGAAUGUGAGGAGGUCGGGUCGAACACGCCCCUGCUGUUACCCGGUGACCUAACAGAUGAGGCGAGUGUGAACCAGGUGAUGGAGAAAACAGUGAGUUUCUAUGGACAGCUGGAUGUGCUGGUGAACAGCGCGGGGAUCCUGCUCUUGGGAACCAUUGAAACCACAAGCAUGGAGCAGUUCGAUCACAUUAUGAAUAUUAACGUCAGGUCUGUGUACCAUCUCACACGACUGGCUGUCCCUCACCUCAUCAAAACCAAAGGCUGCAUUGUCAACGUAUCCAGUGUUAACGGCCAGCGAUCAUUCCCCGGAGUUGUGGCUUACUGUAUGUCGAAGUCAGCCCUGGACCAGUUCACUCGGUGUAUGGCUCUGGAUCUGGCCCUCAAGAACGUUCGGGUGAAUGCUGUGAGUCCUGGAGUAAUCGUUACGGAUAUCCACAAGAGAGCUGGUCUGACCGAGGGGGCCUACGCUGAGUUCCUGAACAAAUGCAAGGUGACCCAUGCCCUCGGACGGCCUGGGCAGGUGGAUGAAGUGGCCCAGGCCAUCGCCUUCCUCGCGUCUGACGCAGCGUCCUUCAUCACUGGUGUCACCUUGCCCGUGGAUGGUGGGCGCCACGCCAUGUGUCCACGGUGAGUGUGCAAGUCCCUGCCUCGGGUUGGCAGUGCAGAGGCUCCCAGAGGAGGCCGUUGGAGAUUGCUCCCCGAAUAAUCCCAGCAGGAUCCAUUGGGAAUACUGUCACUGGGCUGCAGAUUCCACGUACUUAGCCAGAACCACUGUCAAAGCAUUCUGGGGAUCAACAUCAAAUAAACAUGACAUGAUUUCUGCUCUCAAGCUGUCUCAUUUUUUACACUGCAG